AUGCUGCCUGAUAAGCUCCGUGGCUGUCCCGCCAUUUUAAAACAAUACCUUCAAUUUGCCGAAGUGGCGGAAGCGGAAGAUGGUCUCGACGGCCUGACCAUCGACGAUUUUCAAGACUGGGCGAUAGAGCCUUUCCUUCCAAUAUUUCGAGAUGCCGAACUGAGUGCGGAUAAACGACAGCGUUACACCCUCUACGACUAUCUUAAUCCAGAGAUAUUUCACUAUUCACUUCUAGCAAUCAACAACACCCUCGUCCCCUGCCCAGACGAACCAGCUUUAUCACAACAAAGACCACAUGGAGUCGACCUGCAUGGCUAUGAACUCAGCUCAGUGUGUCACUCAUAUCAGCCGAUGCAAGUACAAAUUUGUCCCAAUCAUCCCAACUCUGAGGGUGCCCUCGUCGAGCUCCCCGAGAAGGUGCUCGUGGACGGGAGGACCUGCUUCUUUAAGCCAUUUGGCGCUGGAGAGAGGAGGAGCGCUCUCCGUGAGCUCGAAUGCUAUAAGCGCAUAGGGGACUUGCAACGCAGUAUGAUGGUGCAGGUUCCUACCUUGUGUGGCGUUGUUCAGGACAACUCGCGGUGUUUGGGGCUGUUGCUCUCUUGGGUUGACUGUCGUCGCAUAACAUUAGAAUGCGCCCUGGGCUAG